CAACAAGUGCUGGCCUCCCUUGCAGCUGGCCCUGGAAGCUUGCAUUCAAACUUUGGAGUCUUAUGGCUUGCUGUGUCAUUCACUCCUCCUCCUCUUCUCCCAACAUGCCAUCCCUUCAUUUCCCUGUGGGAGGAACAGAGAGAUAAAGUGUCCUAUAGCGCUUGACUCUUCUACUCUGUCCUACUUUGGGGCCUCCUCUUUUCGCUCCCUUCUUCUCUACUUUCUCCCUGCCAGGGAAGAAAGGAAGGAUACAGAUAAAUACAUAACUAGCAACCUAGGCAGCAUCCCACCGAGGCCCUCCGGGACUGAUUCAAAAUCAAGAGAACAAGAGUAAAGUUAUAUUCCAAGGAUGGAGAAUAACCAAACUCCUGAUCAUCAACCUGAGCAGCAGCCACUGCCUCCUGUAAACAGCUCUGAAGCGCUCCCUACUCGGAACGGGUUAGGGAAACCACAUGACAAACCAUGUCCUGGGCCUCUGUCCCCUGAGAAUGUGGCACAUGCUCAGCCUGAAAUAAAGCUCUGUGACAUAUCUGAGGAGCUGAACCGACAGCUGGAGGACAUUAUUAAAACCUACGGGUCCGCUGCCAACCUUGUGGAAGAAAGAGAGGCUGAAGUAACAGAUAAAACCGAAAAGGGAGAAUCAUUUAAUAAUGAGGAUGGAGAAUAUGAAGAUGCCCAUGACGAGGCAAGGGGCGAACGGACUGCUUCUGGAGAGGCCUCUAGCUCAAAGGAGCCCACUGUCCAUAAGGAACAAAAACUGGAAAAGAAAAUGCUCAAGGGACUAGGAAAAGAAGCUACCCUACUGAUGCAACAUUUGAACAAGCUGAAUACACCAGAAGAGAAAUUGGACAUUUUGUUUAAGAAGUACGCAGAACUGCUGGAGGAACAUCGUACUGAACAGAAAAAGCUAAAGCAUCUGCAGAAAAGACAAGCGCAGCUCAUCAAAGAGAAGGACCAAUUGCAGAGCGAACACAGCAGAGCCAUCCUUGCCCGAAGCAAACUGGAGAGUCUCUGCAGGGAACUCCAGAGACACAAUAAAACCCUGAAGGAAGAGACUCUACAGCGAGCAAGAGAAGAAGAGGAAAAAAGGAAAGAGAUCACAAAUCAUUUCCAGGGCACACUGAAUGAUAUCCAGGCACAGAUUGAGCAGCAAAGUGAGAGGAACAUGAAGUUGUGCCAGGAGAACACUGAGCUGGCUGAAAAAUUGAAAAGUAUAAUAGACCAGUAUGAAGUCAGAGAGGAGCACCUGGAUAAAAUAUUUAAGCACAGGGAGCUUCAACAGAAACUGGUAGAUGCCAAGCUGGAACAGUCACAAGAAGUGAUGAAAGAAGCAGAGGAACGGCAUACACGGGAGAAGGAAUAUCUACUCAACCAAGCUGCAGAGUGGAAAUUGCAGGCAAAAAUGCUAAAAGAACAAGAAACCAUUCUCCAGGCCCAGAUUACGCUUUACUCUGAACGAUUUGAGGAAUUUCAGAAAACUCUGACAAAAAGCAAUGAGGUGUUUGCCAGCUUCAAGCAAGAAAUGGAAAAGAUGACAAAAAAGAUGAAAAAGUUGGAAAAGGACACAGCUACUUGGAAAGCAAGGUUUGAGAACUGCAAUAAAGCUUUGCUGGAUAUGAUUGAAGAGAAAGCCAUGAGGGCCAAGGAAUAUGAGUGCUUUGUAGUGAAAAUUCAAAGGUUAGAGAAUCUUUGCAGAGCUCUGCAGGAUGAAAGGAAUGUACUAUACAAAAAAAUAAAAGAGGCACAGUUUGCUGAAGAGAAAAAGGAAGAGGAGGAAGAGGAAGAGGAGGAGGAGGGUGAAGAACAGCAGACUGGACAGGAAGAAAGCUUGGGUAAUGAGGCCAGUGCAAGUUCCUCUGUUACAAACCAGGCUGCUGAGGUGUCUGCCACCUGUGAGAAUAUCCUGAAGGAUCUGGCUGCGGCUUUCAUGGUGACCCAUCAUGUGGAAACGCCCAUGGUAACCACCAAUCAAAAUACAACUGAUGAAGCACACAACCUACAGACAUGCAACCCAAUUUUUUCUGCAAGGCCAACACUACCCUCCACUACACAUCAAGAGACAGGGAACUCUUCUAUACAACAGGCAGCACCCAUGUCGAAACCAGAGGAACAGGAAGGAGGAAGAGAAAAACAACAGGUCCAAGAUCCUACAGGACUGAAGUUGAUGGACGAUGACAUAGAGCGGGUUGAUUAGUGUAAGCGGUUGACCCAGUAUAUUUGUUGCCAAAAUGCUAUUCUCUCUCUCAUGACUUCACUUUUUUAAAAAAAAGGAAUUGUGUGGCUUGAGAAUUAAUGUGAAAUAUUCUCAUAGCAGUUCUUUUAAAAACACCCCAACAUAAGCUUUAAAUAUCAGAUACAGCAAAAUGUCGUCACAAAUAUAGGGCAAUUAUCCAUUAAGAGUAGGGCAAAAGAAACUAGAAAGACACAGGGUGAGGUACAAACCGAUUUAAAAGUUUGCCCUUUUUGAAGGUAAAGUGACAAAACCAUCCUGUCAAAAUUGUCAAUUUUGCACCUAAAUUUAACAGAAGGUUCUGCUGGCUUUACCAUCUCUGUAUUUGAGCUUCAAGCCACUCACCUUAGAUUAACCUGCCUGACUUUGGGCAGUAUUACAAACUGCUCUGAGGCACAAAUCUUUCUUUUCAAUUCCCUCUUCCCUUGUUAAAUUCUGUAACGGUUCUCUCACAAUGAAGAAUAUUUGUGCAGUCUGUUACCAAGAUGUGAAAAUAUGUUUUACUGGCCAAUUUUCUGAUGCUACAGAAGAAUAUAACAUUUCUAUGCUCUGCUUAGCAGGCAGAUUGAAACUUUAGCUACCUUUUUGAGAGAAGAGUCAAUUUAGUAGAUCAUUUUCAAAGAAGUGAUCCUUUGCCAGUUUUCUGGAAUGCUACUGACCUGAGAAUGCUGGUUCACAGGCUCCUUUCUAAUAUUUGCGUCUGUUCUUAAGAUUGGGCUACGAGUCAUAAAACGUAUCAUGUACCACUAUCAAACGUAUCAUCAGAUUCUCCAAGAUCUAAGGCUUAAAAUAAAAUAUAAUUAGCAACCUAACAGAUGACUGCAACACUUUUCCUUUUGCUUUGUAGUAUUAUUGAUAUAUAUAUAUUUUCUGAAGACCGUAAUUGUUGUAACUUUCAGCCUUGUGCAAAAUGGCCCAUCUAUGCUCAUGUCUCCUACCUGCAUAUUCUCAGUUUUCUAUUACACCAGAAGCAGUUCUUUUAAAAACUAUUCACUUGUGUGUCUUGUUUUGAAUACUUUACCAUGUAUAAGUACACUGCCAUUAUUUAAACAUUUGUGGUGACAAUCCAGCAUAUCCAGUUCCAUUGACUAAAAUCCUGUUGCCAUAAAUUAUGCCACAAGGUUGAUGAUGGAACUGGCUGCAACAAUGUUUCAGGAAUAAAACAUUUCCAAUUUCUCCCUUGAAAGUCCCUUUCACUGUGAGAAAGCCAUUGAGGGCUACAGGACAGGAGAGGGAAGACUUUAAUUAUAGAAAAUCACUACUGCCAUGAAGACUUUACCAAAGGCAGUGAUUGUAGACAAUUAAAUACCUCCCCAUCCUGCAUCCUACACCCCUGUGGCUUGCUGAUGAUGAAAAAGAUUCCAUUGGAGAAAUCAGAAAGGCUUUACUUCAUCAUCAUCAUCAUCAUCAUCAUCAUCAUCAUCAUCAUCAUCAUCAUCAUCAUCAUCAUCACAGCUGAUGACAUUAUCAGCCUUACCUGGAAUAACUUCCACAACAGGAUUUGAGUCACUGAAUUAAAGUUACUACUGGAUGCCAGAUGGGUGCCAUAAUCUUACAUAUAUGAAUUCCAGUUACGGUUCUUUUAGAUCUGAAGGAGUUACCAUUGUAGAAUUCCACCCUGAAUUUGACAUUUGCUUAUUACCUUA